UACUUGUUAAGACUUCUUUGGUAAAAUCCUGAUAUAUAUAGACUGUCUUGUAGCAAAUUGGCACAGUACUCUCAGCUGCUAGGAAGGGACAUUCGAAAAUCUAAAUAUGAAGAGUAUCCUAGUUCUGUGUUUGUUGGUGGCGGCUGUCUCGUGCAGACCAGAGACUUACGACACUAGAUAUGACAACUUCGAUGUCGAGGCAUUGGUUGGCAAUGUUCGGUUGCUAACUGCGUACGGACAUUGCUUCCUUGGCACCGGACCCUGCACGCCUGAGGGAAGUGACUUUAAAAAAACCAUCCCUGAUGCCCUAAGGACCGGCUGUGGCAAAUGUUCACCGAAACAGCGCCAUUUAAUCCGUGUCGUGGUGCAAGGGUUCCAAAAUAAGACCCCAGCUCUUUGGCAGCAGCUGGUCAAGAAGGAGGACCCCAAUGGAGAGUACAAAGAAAUCUUCACCAGAUUCUUGAACGCCAAAGACUAAAUGACCAAAGAUUUUUAAACAAGGAGGUUCUACCAGAAACGAUACUUUUGCUAAGUAAUACCAAAAUAAGUUAUAAGAAGUUUAUUAAAACCUAUUUUAAGUAAUUUAGCUAAAAUAAGUUUUUAAGAAUCUUGUGAUUGUUGAUUGAGUUCUUAGAAAUAGGUUUUGUUGUGUAUAGUCUGCAUUUAAAUUUGAUCUUUAGGAUAAACCCAUAGAGUCACAAAUACCUAAACGGUAAUAGUUGGCGUUGCGUGAAAGACAAAUUAACAACUUUGGCUUUGAUUAUGGCUAGGUUUACAAGACGUGUUUUCAUGAACACAACACACAUACAAAUGUACAAAUAUACAGAUUUUACUUAUGAAAAAAGAUGGAGUAAACGUAUCGCAUCAUGUGAAUAUUAAAGCCUCCUUUUUGUUAUACAUCACAUUAAUUUUUAACUAAUUUUAAAUAUUAUAUUUAUUUCUAUUGUAUUUGUUCUUAAAAUAAUAAUAAAAUUAUUACUUUAAAAUAUGUUUUAUUGC